UACCUACUACUACCUAGUAGUACCGCUAUUAUUGUAUUUCGGUAGCAGUUUCCAGUUCAGAUACCCUCUAGAGUUUUGAGUUCUUAGUUUUAUCAUCAGUUAAACUUUACAGCAAUGUAUCUAGUGUGCAAAUCUUUCCCCUUGUAUCGUCUUUUCAAAAUAAUAUCUAUCUACACAUGACUGAAAUAACCUAUUGUUAUUGUUAUUUGUAGAUUGUAGAUCUUGGAUAUUACUCAAAUUUUUGUGCAGCUGUCUUUGUAUCUCCAUUGAUUAGGUAGUAAAAUGGAUGUUGUCACUAUCGAAUCCGAUGUUGACAUUCUCUAUUCACGUAAGCUGUCUGAAGAAAAGUCUCCAAGAGGUCGAUGUAAAACUAGUGUCCUUUGGAAUGCUCUACUUUCUAUCAUAGCAGUUAUUGUUCUAUUAACACUUUUAUUGGAGUGCAAAGAUUAUCUCAAAUCCAUAUUAAUAUGGAUCAAUAAUCAGGAUUCAAAUGCAGUUUUCAUAUUAUUUGUUGGCUUAUUUACCCUUGUUUCUUUUCCUUUUGUCUGGGGAUACAUGCUCCUUACAGUCGCGUGUGGUUAUUUUUUUGGCGUGGUCCAUGGUUUUAUAACUGUUGUAUUUUCUGCAAAUCUUGGUGUAGCUAUAGCACACGUUACCAUUCGUGCUUUUAAUAUGAAAUUCCACAUAAUCAAAUUAGUCAAUUAUGAUACAAUGCAUGCUAUACUGAGAGUAAUAUCUGGACCACAGGCGUUUAAAGUUGUUGCUCUUGCACGUGUUUCUCCCAUACCAUUUGGUAUUCAAAACACAAUAUUUGCUUUGAGUGGUAUCAGUACCGGGCAAUACCUUCUGGCUACAGUCAUUGGAUUGUUGCCAGCACAGUUGAUUAAUUUAUAUCUUGGAAGUACACUUCGUUCAAUUGGAGAUGUUAUAUCAGAUCAUGCAUCAACUCCUCUCACUGGUUACAUCAUGUUUUGCAUCCAGAUUACAGUUGGAGUUUCCUUGAUGGCUUACGUUAUACACAAAGCAAGAGUGGAGCUACGUGAGGCAUUAAUUAAUCAAGUACCAGCAACAAGCAUACAUGGAUUGAAAGGUGCCUCAGAUUUCAUUGUGUAAACAGCUCUGUACUCAGGUAACUUAUGCUGUCACCACAUUUUAUUGUAUUUUAUUUGUUUUUAAAUGACUGACAUUUUAAAUGAAUGUGAUCCAGGAGUGCUAUAGCCAUUGUUUCUACCUCAGAUGUAAUACUAUUUACAAACUGUUCUAAUUUGAAGUAGGACAACAUUUUUUGUGCACAUAUCCACUAUUUACUGGUGAUCUAACUUUUAAUUUUAAUUUCAAAAUCAAUAUCUUUCAGACUCAACAUGUUAAAAAUAGAACAAAAAUUAGAUUACAAACAGGUCAACUCAUGUGAUAAGUAGUGGGCUGGUUUUUGUUGAUUUAAAAAUAUUUUAAAUGAGUUCUAUCCAUAACUUUUAUAUAUCUCAGCAAGAUUUUGCAAUCUGUGAUAAAGGAAUUGUUUUCAGUUUUUUGAAAAUAAGUAUAGUAAUAUGACAUAGGGAACUGGUAUUAUUUGUGGUACUGAAAUUACCCUUAGUGCUUCCGUCUCAUGGAGACUUGAACAAACAUCAGUGUGAUUGGUGGAGAAAUAGGAGAAGCCAUUUGUGAAUAGCUGUAUAUUUUAAAACAUUAUUUACAAUUAAUGAAUUUAUGUUAAUUUGUUCGGUUCUUGUUGUAGCCCUUCAGAUGUAUCAAAAGUAUAUAUAAAUCUUUAUUUGUUA